GCUUACUAACGUGUUUCUUCUAAUCUAAUCUGAGUUCUCGGAAAAAGUGUUACCUAGAUAUAAAUAGGACCAUAUUUUCAAAUUAUAAUCAUAACAAAUUUAGACACGAAAGAGAUCGCACAAAGCACACGUGACUAUUAAAAAGUAACAAUGAGUUUCAACGAAGACAUCAGCGCAGUAAUUAUUGACAACGGUUCCGGAAUGGUUAAGGCUGGAUUUGCUGGAGAUGAUGCACCAAGAUCCAUCUUCCCCGCAGUUACUGGAAGACCAAAAUAUCAAAUUGUAAUGGCGGGUAUGGGAGGAAAAGACUGUUAUGUUGGGGACGAGGCCCAAAGUAAACGAGGUAUACUGUCUAUGAAAUAUCCAAUCGAACACGGAAUAGUGACUAAUUGGGACGACAUGGAGAAGAUCUGGCAUCAUACGUUCUAUAAUGAGCUGAGAGUGGCACCCGAAGAACAUCCGGUUAUGUUGACAGAAGCACCGAUGAAUCCAAAGGCAAACAGAGAACGAAUGACACAGACAAUGUUCGAGACUUUCAACACACCAGCUUUUUACGUGGGUAUCCAGGCUGUUUUAUCCUUGUAUGCAUCAGGACGAACAACAGGAAUCGUGUUUGAUGCAGGAGAUGGAGUUUCUCAUGUUGUUCCUAUAUAUGAAGGAUAUGCUCUACCUCAUGCCAUUAAGAGACUAGAUCUCGCGGGACGAGACUUGACAGCCUACCUUCAAAAGAUACUGCGUGAAAGAGGAUAUUGUUUUAAUAGUUCCUCUGAAUGUGAAAUCGUCCGAGAUAUCAAAGAGAAAAUGUGUUAUGUUGCACUUGAUUUCGAACAAGACCUAGAUGCAUCUGCCAAAUCAUCUCAAAUAGAAAAGAGCUACGAGCUACCAGAUGGCGCUGUCAUCACAAUCGGAAAUGAACGAUUCCGAUGUCCGGAAGUCCUGUUUCAACCAUCUUUUACUGGAAUGGAGGCUGCCGGUAUACAUGAGAUGCUCCAUAACUCAAUCACGUCAACAGAUAUUGAUAUUAGACGAGAUCUGUAUAAUAAUAUUGUACUGUCUGGAGGUUCUACAAUGUAUCCAGGUAUUGCAGAUAGGCUGAAAAAGGAAAUGGACGCAAUCAUCCCAAAUUCAACGAAAACCAAAAUAAUUGCUGCCCCAGAACGGAAGUACUCAGUGUGGAUUGGAGGAUCUAUUUUAGGAUCAUUGUCUACUUUCGGACAGAUGUGGAUAUCUAAACAUGAAUAUGACGAAUGUGGACCCAGUAUUGUUCACAGGAAGUGCUUUUGAUCUGGAUGUGAAUAACUUUACAUUAUGAAAUUAUGUGCAAUAAUAAUAAUACAGUGAUACCUUUUGUAUAUUGGAAAAAAAUGGGCUUUCAUGUAAAUAUAUUCGUCUGUGAUACAUUAUGUUUGUUAUUUCAUUUUCAUUGAUUCAUUGUUGAUAAUAUCAUUAUUUUGUAUAUAAUAUUUAUACACUUGUUAAUAAAUUAGUAAAGUUUUAUUGAA